UGCGCUAACAAUUUGGGCCGUGUACGUGCUUGUGGCUUAUUGGGCCUGGUCCUGAUUGGACUUCCUUAUCUGUCUAUCACACACCACCUGAGUCACUGACACGUGGGCCCCAUCGCUCUCCACCCUCCACUCCUCCCAAGCAGGCAGCUCCCCGCUCCACCGGCGAAACCGCCGAACCAUGCCGAUGUGGUCUCAGCCACCGCCGCCGCCGUCUUCCCUCCAGCUGCGGCGGCCGCCGCCUCCCUUGCCCCACCGUCCCCGCCGCCUCCGCAGCCGGCUCAGCCCCAUCGCCGCCUCGCAGGACCCGCUGACCGCCCUCUCUCGCCUCCUGUGGGGCCGCGCGCUGCCUCCCUCCCAGCUCGUCCUCGCCGUCCGCCAUGGCUGGACCGCCGCGUGGGGCCUCCUCAUGCGGCAGCUCGCCCCCUCCGACCCGGCCACCGGCGCCUUCACCCGCACCCCGUCCCGCUUCCCCGCCGUCGUGGGGACCCCCAGCGCGCGCCUCCACCUCUACGUCGGCCUCCCGUGCCCCUGGGCUCACCGCGCCCUCCUCGUCCGCGCGCUGCUCGGCCUCGAGCGCCGCCUCCCGCUCUCCGUCGCCGUCCCGGGGGACGACGGCGCGUGGUCCUUCACGCCGGACAGCCCCGACGCGCUCUACGGCAAGCGCAAGCUCCGCGAGGUGUACGCUUCCGCACGCCGCGGCGGGUUCGAGGGGAGGGCGUCGGUGCCCUUGCUGUGGGACGCGGAGCGGCGGGAGGUGGUGUGCAACGAGAGCAUCGAGAUCACCAAGUUCCUCUGCGACCUCGCCGCCGCCGACGGCAGCGCCGGUGGCCUCGACCUCUGGCCGCCGGAGCUCCGCCAAGACAUCGACCGCUGGUACUCCUUCAUCUACCCCAGCGUCAACAAUGGCGUCUACAGGUGCGGGUUCGCGCAGAGCCAGGAGGCGUACGACGCCGCCGCCGGCGAGCUGUUCGCCGCGCUGGACCGGCUGGAGGAUCACCUGUCGGGGUCCCGCUACCUGUGCGGCGACACGCUGACGCUGGCCGACGUGUGCCUCUUCACGACGCUGGUACGCUUCGACCUCGUCUACCACUCGCUGUUCCGGUGCACGAGGCGGAAGCUGGUGGAGUACGCGAGCCUCCACGCCUACACGCGCGACAUCUACCAGAUGCCCGGGGUCGCCGGCACCUGCGACAUGGCCGCCAUCGCCGACGGCUACUUCGGCGCCCUCUUCCCUCUCAACCCCGGCGGCAUCCUGCCCCUCGUGCCGGCGAGCUGCAGCCCGGAGGCGCUCCUGGAGCCACAUGGCAGGGAGGCGCUGUCUUCUUCUGCUGCUGCUGAUGCUGGUGGUGGCGGCAAUGGCAGGCAGCUCGAAGCAACGAGUGCUUCCAACUAGUGGCAGUAGACAGUAGUUGUGCAAGUGCAACAUUUCGUCAGUAAAUUUUCGUGUGCUUCUUUGUUAUUACGACUCUAGUGUAAGAUUUUGUAAAUCAACUGAAAUUGCUGCUGCUGCAUGAGGAUCAUCAUACUAUCCAUCCUAAAAUGUAUAUAUACUGAUUGUUGAGGAACAGGAAAGACAAUUUGAUCUCUAUUAUACUUUUACUCCUUCCAUGUAUGUAUAUACUGAUUGUUGAGGAACAGGAAAGACAACUUGAUCUCUAUUAUUCA